AUGCCGUUCGGUAAAUUAAAGCAGCCAAUCGCCACGCAAGCAGAGAUUCAGCAAGUGGAGAGAGUGAGGAGCAAGGUCCCUACCGAGAAGAGGGUGUAUCUGCAGUUUCUCUUCACCGCCAACCUGAUCCAAGCUCAGCUGGUCGAUCCUGCCGAGAUGACGGAAGAGAGGAGAGCUGCCGAGGCUAAGAGGAUGAAUGAGUCCUCCAAGCGGCGUCCUCGGUAG